UGCAUCAUGCGAUCGAAUUGUCAAACGUUGCUCGGCGCUGCUGAAUCUCGCGCAUUUCGAAUCGCUAGCGGGAUUCGGCGCGCCGAGAUGCAGACGUAGCCAGAUUGGAAACGAGCCGAAGCUGCAAGAUCGCAAAGGGAAGAAGAGCAAGGGUCUGGAGCAGUCGUGAGUACCUCUUGAUGUUGACGCACGUCUGGUUGAACUUUCCUCUUGCAAAGCCAUUUGGGACGUUGGCAGGGAAAAAUGCGCAGAAAUGAUUAGGAGCAAUACUCGACCGCUUGCUUUGCCGCAGUAGCGCUUGGCAAUAGGUGUAGGUGCAGCAUUCAUCCAUCUCGAAGCAUGGCGAAGAGCACCACGCAACGCAUAGACUCGCUUGGAAUAGCGAGUCGUGCCUUUUCGGCACGGUGCGUGUUGUUGUGAAGCGCUGAAGCGACUUUCUCGUUGCUUCGAUCACCGGUAGCGUGCCACUGUGGCCGCCCAUAUUCGCCAGCGCUGCUUCAACGUGCAACACAAGCACAGCUACACCGCAAACCCUACGCACUUUCGACCCGAUGUGCACAGACUUAGACGGGCUUCCUGCAUACACGCUCGUCCAACCCUGUCAUCUAUUUCAAGGCAGGCACCAGGACGUCACCCUACUUCGGGCUUUGGGACUGCCUCUUGAUAUUAUCGAAUACAUCAUCUUGCACACGAUGGUAGGAUUCGUCCCGCUGCAAACGAGCGCCACGACGCUCAAAGAAACGACAGAAAGCUUUGCUGAGCCGGCAGCGAUGAGGAUCGCGAUCGCGACGGGCGCGGUCCAGGUGGUGCUAGUGUGCUCUACCCAUCACCUCUCGGGCCAAGUCUGAGUGUUGCUUUUGAAAUGUAGAUUUCGCCGGCAGCGGCGCCCAUUGAACCCUAUUUCUCUUUCGAAACUCUUGCCGAGACAGCCAAGAGCUUCUGUGCGCUGGCGCAUCAACACGGUCGAAAGUGCCUUUGUGACGAACAAUCUCGACCAAUCUGAAGACUCCGCAAGCUUCUGGAUGGUCACCAGGCUCACCGGGCCUUUGCAACGAUCGAUGUCGUGUCUUUCCCCAUCCUCGAUCUCGUGCAUCGUCGUGGACCCUCAUUCUUCUAACUCGGUCAAAAUCCAGUCUACCUCUGAUCUCUCGAUCUGUACGUCGCAGGGGUAUUGCGGUUUAGCGGGCUUUGAUGCGCUGCAACAUCGAUGACAUACAGCAGCGGGUCGGAAUGGAAUAGAUCGCCCAGCCCAGCGACGUUCUUGCGACUGGCGAGUUUCAAAGGACUGCAGCAUGGCAGCAAGUCAAAAGACGAGAGAUCGAUGAGGCGAACGGCGGCCCUGUUGGGCUGCUCAGAAAUUUGCUGCAACGCUUCCAAGUACAGGUUGACUGAGCUGCGAACCGUUCUUCAGGCGCAUCCAUAGAAAGGUAUAAAAAAGGCGCUUUUAAGCCCACAUCACCUUCCUUCUCAACAACACUCUUACCGUCACGAAUUAAUC